AUGCGACUAUCGAUUGCGGCGGCUACAAUAGUCGCUUUGUUGCUGGUAUUGAACCAUGUAUUGACACCGGUGGGCGCAGCUAGGCGGCAGAAGCGAUGGCAACGUUUGAAACCGCAACAACAAAAGUAUACUUACGGCAGUAAUACCGAGGCCCUCGGUCGUUCUGCGGACAUAGUCGACGCCCCCGAUGCGGACGCCUCCGCUGGCGACGAAGCGACCGGCGAUAGUGGACGCGGUUUCAUUGCGAAAUGGAUGAUGCUCAAAAGCAUGUUGCAACCACCACAACCGCCUCCUCAACCGGCCAACAAUAUUAUCAUUGUGACUGAACCCUCAUCGAACCCGGUAACAACACCCACCACAACAACCAUAACUUCACCAACAUACACGUAUUCGACGCCCACUUCUACAACGCCAACAACCACUACGACGACAACGAAUGCGACGCGCGGCCAUUUCACACACGUAGUCUACGCACGACAGGAUAACGGUGUGCACGAGGGCGGUGAGUCGGCAGCGCCCACAAUGACUAAUGCACCGCAAUUGACUGCCAAUGCAGGCAUACCUUUGUUUAUGGGCAGAAAACCGGGUAUGACUAAUCAAAUUCCAAUGAUUGGACAAUUCCCACGUCCAGCGGGGCAACGUAGACGCAACAAUCGUGGCCGCUUGAAUCAAAAUGUACGCAGACGUCGCGUACAAGCACAACAACGUAUUGGCGGCGAAAGGAACAAGCCAGUCAAUAAUUACAACAAAAGACGACGCUUACAGGCACAAGGAGCUGGCGGUAAGCCACUACAGCAGCGGCCCAAACGUCGAAAGGUGGUUCAAAUUCCUAAUCGAAUUCGUAACUUCAAUAGAAAGGGCAAUUCCGGUGAUAGCGUGGUCAUCGUCGACGAGGUUGAUCAGUUUGGUGUUGGCGCAGGCAAUAAAUUUAACACGAACUCACGUCUGCAGCAUUUCAGGAAUAACCUACGGCAUCCGCAGUCGCCGCUUGUUCGUAACCGUCAUUGA